AUGCGAUUCAAAGCUACACUCCUACAUAGGAGAUCAACUCUAUUAAUGGAAUGUAUACAAGGAUUUGUAAAACUUUCAAAAGCCUGUCCACCAAAACAGAAGACUAGAUUUUGUAUAAAAUUAGAUAAGACAUUUCUUCUAUUAAUCUUAACAGUAUAUAACACUACAGAUAAUGAAAUACUGGAUGUCUCUUGUAAAUUUGACUACAAAGAUAUUUUCUAUCCAGGAUAUAUUGUUGAAAGCAAACAUAACAAUAUUAUAGGUAUAAGUAUGAAUCCAGAAUCUCUAAUUUUACCACUAAAAUCAGCUUCUUUAGCAAAGGAAACAAGUUUGAGACUUAGCAAAAGAGAUAAUCAAAAUGUCCUUUCCUUUACAAUGACAGUUGAAACUAAAAAGUCGAGUACUUUCCAACUUGUUCAUGACUGCUCUAUAGAUGUAAUCAAAGCUCAAUAUGUAGAUGAUUUGAUUCCAUUAGCAGAAUUAUUAAAUUGUGAAAUUGGAAUACCAAAUAUCCACUUUUCAAUCCCUCCAGCUAAAUUAUUUCACAGGCUCUUGGAAAGAAUGAAAUUAGUUGGUUCUAAAUUUAUUGACAUACAAAUAAUUUAUAAUGAAGAUACUGAUGAAAGUGAAAAAAUUAAUGGAAUAGGGAAACCUCUGAAUAAUGAAUUAUGCCACUUUGUAUGUUCUUCUCAUACAUCUCUGGCAUCAGCCUCCAUUAAGACUUUCUUUAAUAACUGCAGAGUCUUUAAAACUAGUGAUGAAUUUCACGAUAACUUACAAAAUAAUCAAGUAAAUAAAGGUUUUAAUUUAUCAGCCACUUUUGAUAUACACCAUAUAAUUGCUAUUUUACAGUUGGUUCUAUGCAUCUCAGAUGCUCAUUGUGUUGCUACAAUAACCCCAGAAAAAUAUAUGUCUUUAUUUAUAUUCUUCCCUAGUAUUAAUUCUCAAAUAUCAAUAAUAAUUUCUCCUGCUAAUGCAGACAAUGAUUGA